CAACACCACUAUGCGCACCUAGCGACCUGGACGACGCGAUAUACCCACCGCCACGAUGCGCAUCACCGAGUUGAUCAUCGACGGCUUCAAGUCGUACGCCGUGCGCACCGUCAUCUCCGGCUGGGACCCCACCUUCAACGCGAUUACUGGCCUGAACGGAUCUGGAAAGUCGAAUAUCUUGGACGCGAUAUGUUUUUGCUUGGGCAUUGGCAAGUUUGAGCUGUUGCGUGCGACAGGCGGAGCGAGUGAUCUCAUCUACAAGAGGGGGCAGGCCGGCAUUACAAAAGCGUCAGUCACGUUGGUGUUCGACAAUGGCGACACCGCGAAAUCGCCAAUUGGUUUCGAAGAUGUGCCUGUCAUCAACGUCACGAGACAGAUCGUGCUGGGCGGCACCAGCAAAUACCUCAUCAAUGGACAUCGUGCGCAGCAGCAGACGGUGCAGAACCUGUUCCAAAGCGUGCAGCUCAACAUCAACAACCCCAAUUUCCUGAUCAUGCAGGGAAAGAUUACAAAGGUGCUGAACAUGAAGAGCACCGAGAUUUUGGGCAUGGUGGAAGAAGCGGCGGGCACACGCAUGUUUGAGGACAGGCGCGAGAAGGCGCUGAAGACGUUGGCCAAGAAGCAGACCAAGGUGGAGGAGCUGGAAGGUCUGCUCAAGGAGGAAAUCGAGCCGAAGUUGGAGAAGCUGCGCAACGAGAAGCGCGCAUUUCUGGAGUUUCAGAGCACACAAAAUGACCUGGAGCGACUUACGAAACUGGUCAUCGCCUAUGACUACAUCAAGAGUAAGCAGAAGAUGGAACAGAGUGCACAGGAUUUGGCGGCGAAGAAAGAGCGUGCUGUAGAGCUCGAGGUUAGCGCGGAAAAGCUCCAGCGUGAAAUCGGUGUGAUUGAAGAGGACAAGGAAAAGGUGCGAGCGGCUCGUGACAAGGAGCUCCGCAAGGGCGGCAAGUUUGCAAAGUUGGAGGAAGCGGUCAAGGAGCAUUCGAUCAGCCUCGAGCGACUGGAUGCGCAACUGGAACUUAAGAAAUCUUCAAUGGCAGAGGAGCAAGAGCGUCUGCAGAAGAUGCAAGCGACAGUAAAAGAUCUGGAGAAGCAGCUGAAGCAGAAGACCGAAGCUCAUCAAAAGCUGCAGCAGAAAUACGAAGCAGCGAGCAAAGAGCUGGAGGAGCAGAGAGCGGAAGUGGACAAGAAGGAAGAACUGCUUCAGACUUUGCAGACCGGUAUCUCGUCGAAUGCUGGAUCCGAUGGAGGCUAUGCUGGUCAACUCGCCGCGGCUCGAGAUAGUGCAUCGAAGGCCGGAACAGAGAUUGAGCAGUCAAAAUUGAAAAUUAGUCAUCUGGAAGCACGCAUCAAGGAAGACGAGCCACGUGCUAAACAGGCCGAGAAGGAGAACGCUGGUCUUUUGAAAGACCUGGAAUCGCUGCGAACUCAGGCGGCAAAAUUACAGACACGCCUGGAGAAGCUUGGAUAUCAGCCAGGUAGGGAAGAAGAGCAGCAGGCAGAGAAGUCUCAGCUUGAGAAGCGCGUACGGUCAUUGCAGGGCGAGGCGGAAGGACUACGGCGGCAGGUCGCAGGCUUGGACUUCUCCUAUGCGGAUCCCGAACCGAACUUUGAUCGGAGGAGAGUGAAGGGUCUUGUUGCUCAGCUUUUCAAUCUGCCUGAUUCAUCGACAGAGGCAGCCACAGCACUCGAAAUUUGCGCGGGUGGAAGACUGUACAAUGUUGUAGUGGACACUGCAAAGACUUCCUCUGCACUGAUCGAAAACGGCAAACUUAGACGACGAGUCACCAUUGUUCCGCUGGACAAGAUCGAUGCGUCCAGAGCAGAUGCUGGAAGAGUCAAUGCUGCCAAGCAGCUCUGCCCUGGAAAUGUUCAUCUGGCAAUCAACCUCAUUGGCUAUGCUCAUGAGGUGGAGAAGGCAAUGGAAUAUGUCUUCGGCAAUACUCUUGUCUGUGCAGACGCAGCUACAGCGAAAAAGGUCACAUUCGACCCCUCGGUGCGAAUGAUGAGCGUGACAGUUGAGGGUGAUACAUACAACCCGAGCGGAACGUUGUCAGGCGGCUCAGCAGCAUCAGGUAGCGGUGUUCUGCUCAAGUUGCAAAAGCUCAAUGCGAUCACCCAGGCAUUGGAGUCUGAAGAAGCAAAACUUGCCGCCCUUGAUGAAGCUAUGAGGCAAGAUGCCCAGAAGCUGAAGAGUGCGCGCCAGUCGAAACAGGAGUUGGACCUCAAGAACCAUGAGAUCCAGCUUGCUGAAACACAAAUCGCAAGCAACUCUUCCAGUAGCAUUAUUGCAUCGGUGCAGGAGAUGAAGAACACAAAUGUUGCUCUCAAGGAGAACAUUCAAGCUGCGAAGGCACGUCAAUCCGAGGCGAGCGCCGAAGUGAAGCGCAUCGAGAAGGACAUGAAGGACUUCUCAUCGAACAAGGGCGCCAAGCUUGAACAACUACAGGCUGAGCUGGACAAGCUCAAGAAGGCCUUGGCCAAGACACAAGGUUCUAUCAAGCCACUCCAGCAGGAAGUGCGCGAUGCGAGUGUGGACGCCGAGCAGAUUGGUAGCGACCUGACUACUGCACAAGAAGAGCUCCAUGAUGCCGAGACCACUCUGAAGGGCCAGCAAGAGGAGCUUGCAGCGCAUGAGGCAGAGCAGAGGCAAAUCCGUGACAAGCACGCGGAAGCUGAAGCCGCCUUGAACGAUGAGAGGAAGAAGCUCAGCUCGUUCGACGAUGAGAUUGCUGACCUCGAUCGUACUGCGAAGAGAAAGACUCAGCAGAUCUCGGAUGAGAAGAUCGAGGGUCAGAAACUUGGCCACGCCAUCGAUAACUUUGCAAGAGCCCAGCAAGGAGCACAGCAAGCGGUGUCAAGUCUGGAGAAAGAGUAUGACUGGAUUCUCGAGGAGCAUUCAUCCUUUGGCCGAGCGAACACGCCAUAUGAUUUUCACAACCAGAACAUGGCAGAGUGCAGGUCAAAUCUGAAGAACGUGACAGAGCGCUUCACAGGCAUGAAGAAAAAGAUCAACCCAGCUGUCAUGGCGACCAUCGACAGCGUUGAGAAGAAGGAGCGCGACCUAAAGAACAUGAUGCGAACAGUGAUACGUGACAAGAAGAAGAUUGAGGAGACAAUAAUCACGCUGGACGAGUACAAGAAGGAAGCUCUGCACAAGACGUGGUCGAAGGUCAAUGAGGACUUUGGACUUAUCUUCAACGAUCUCUUGCCCGGUAACACGGCGAAAUUGGAUCCUCCCGAAGGCAAAGCCAUCAGCGACGGUCUCGAAGUCAAGGUCUGUCUCGGCAAAGUCUGGAAGCAAUCACUUACAGAACUGUCUGGAGGACAGCGAUCGCUGAUUGCUCUCUCGCUCAUCUUGUCGUUGUUGCAAUACUCGCCUGCACCUAUGUACAUUCUGGACGAGGUUGAUGCGGCGCUCGAUCUUUCACAUACACAGAACAUUGGUCGACUGAUUCGGACGAGAUUCAGAGGGAGCCAGUUCAUAAUUGUAUCGCUUAAGGAUGGGAUGUUUACCAACGCCAACAGGAUCUUCAGAACGAGGUUUAUGGAUGGUACGUCCGUUGUGCAGGCUUUGACGCCAGCUGAUAUGAAGUGAUGGGAAGCAUGUUGGGUAUACCACGGGCUGGCGUUGUUUAUUUGGGAACUCUGUUCAUAUUUCGUAGCUGGCGGUCUUUGUCAGGCGCAUUCGAAUCGUCGCAACUGGUUACGACCAGAGGUAAAGUGUGGUUUAUGACAUGAUAUAAGGCUAAGUUCAAGACGAGACGGAAGUGUAAGUACAUGCAGCGCUUGGCAGACACCUCGGGCAUUACUGCCGCCAUAGCAAUUGCGGCCUUCUCUACCAGAGUUUCUGGUCUUCCAGCAAGGAC